GGGGAGAGUGAUUUGUAGGUAGAGGCACAUCUUCAGCUGCUGUGAAUGGGCUCAGCAUCAGAGAGGAAGAGCUGGGAAUCUCCACUCUUUACCCACAAUGUCUGGGAUCGGCAACAAGCGGGCAGCGGCAGAGCCUGGCCCCUCUGGGCCCCCAGAGAAAAAGGCAGGGGUCGAAGACUCAGGAACUACAGUGGAGACCAUUAAGUUAGGAGGCGUUUCCUCAACGGAGGAGCUGGACAUCCGGACACUGCAGACUAAGAACCGAAAGCUGGCAGAGAUGUUGGACCAGCGGCAGGCCAUCGAGGAUGAGCUGCGUGAGCAUAUUGAGAAGCUGGAGCGGCGGCAGGCCACCGAUGAUGCCUCUCUGCUGAUUGUGAACCGCUACUGGAGUCAGUUUGAUGAAAAUAUCCGCAUCAUUCUUAAACGCUAUGACCCGGAGCAAGGUCUGGGAGACCUUCUGUCUGAACGAAAAGCCCUGGUGGUGCCAGAACCAGAACCAGACUCAGACAGCAAUCAGGAACGUAAGGAUGAGAGGGAGCGAGGGGAAGGGCUGGAGCCAGCAUUCUCCUUCCUGGCUACCCUGGCCAGCAGUACCAGUGAGGAGAUGGAGUCUCAGCUGCAGGAGCGUGUGGAGUCCUCCCGCCGAGCUGUCGCCCAAAUUGUGACAAAGUAUGACAAGCUUCAGGAGAAAAUGGACAUGCUGUCUCACAAGCUAAAUAGUGGAGAUGCAUCACUGGUGGAGGAAGCGGUCCAGGAACUAAAUUCCUACCUUGCACAUGAAAAUGGGCAGCUGCAGGAACUGGCUGAUCUACUCCAGGAAAAGCACCGAAUCAUGUCUCAAGAGUUCUCCAAGUUGCAGGAGAAAGUAGAGAUGGCAGAGUCGCGGGUGUGCGUGCUGGAGACCAUGAUCGAUGACCUUCAGUGGGAUAUUGACAAGAUCCGCAAGAGAGAGCAGCGGCUCAACCGACACCUAGCCGAUGUGCUGGAACGGGUGAAUUCAAAAGGUUACAAAGUAUACGGAGCUGGGAGCAGCCUCUACGGGGGUACGAUCACCAUCAAUGCUCGCAAGUUUGAGGAAAUGAACGCUGAGCUGGAGGAGAACAAGGAGCUGGCUGGGAACCGCCUAAGUGAGCUGGAAAAGUUGCGCCAGGAUCUCGAAGAGGUGACCUCACAGAAUGAUAAACUGAAGGUGGAGUUGCGGAGGGCGGUGGAAGAGGCUGUGAAGGAGACUCCUGAGUACCGCUGCAUGCAGUCCCAGUUCUCGGUCCUGUAUAAUGAGAGUCUCCAGCUGAAGGCACAUCUGGAUGAGGCACGCACUCUGCUUCACGGUACUCGCAGCACACACCAGCGCCAGGUGGAACUCAUUGAGCGGGAUGAGGUCAGCCUCCACAAGAAGCUGCGCACAGAGGUGAUCCAGCUGGAGGACACUCUGGCACAGGUCCGCAAGGAGUAUGAGAUGCUGAGGAUAGAGUUUGAACAGACACUUGCUGCCAAUGAACAAGCAGGUCCAAUAAAUCGGGAGAUGCGUCACCUCAUCAGCAGUCUCCAGAAUCACAACCACCAGCUGAAGGGGGAGGUGCUGAGGUACAAGCGCAAGCUGAGGGAGGCCCAGUCUGACCUGAGCAAGACCCGCUCUCGCAGUGGGAGUGCCCUCCUGCAGUCCCAGUCCAGCAUUGAAGAGACCAAAGAGGAACCACUGGAGGUCAAACAGGAGCCUGAUGAUUCCUCUGCCCAGGCAUCUGUGCCCAAGACUGCCCCCGAGGAUGCCAGUGAUGCCAAGGCCAAGCGAGAUGAAGAGGAGAGGGAGCGCGAGAGGCGGGAGAAGGAGAGGGAGCGUGAGAAGGAGAAAGAGAAGGAGAGAGAGCGGGAAAAGGAGAAGGAAAAAGAACGGGAGCGGGAGAAGCAGAAGCAGAAAGAGUCUGAGAAGGAGAGAGAGUCCACCAAGGAGAAAGGGAAGCAUGAGGAUGGGAGGAAGAAAGAAGCUGAAGUGAUCAAGCAGCUGAAAGCUGAUCUCAAGAAGGCCCAGGAGAGCCAGAAGGAGAUGAAACUGCUGUUAGACAUGUACCGCUCGGCCCCAAAGGAGCAGAGAGACAAAGUUCAGCUCAUGGCAGCUGAAAAGAAGGCCAAAGCUGAGCUGGAUGAGCUGAGGCAGAGGGUGAAGGACCUGGAGGACAAAGAGAAAAAAGAAAGUAAAAAAAUGGCAGAUGAGGAUGCCCUACGCAAGAUCCGGGCAGUGGAGGAGCAGAUAGAGUAUCUGCAGAAGAAACUAGCCAUGGCCAAGCAGGAAGAAGAGGCCCUGCUUUCAGAAAUGGAUGUCACUGGACAGGCCUUUGAGGAUAUGCAAGAGCAGAACAUUCGCCUUAUGCAGCAGUUGCGGGAGAAGGAUGAUGCCAACUUCAAGCUGAUGUCAGAACGCAUCAAGUCAAACCAGAUCCAUAAACUACUGAAGGAGGAGAAGGAGGAGCUGGCAGACCAGGUCCUGACCCUGAAGACACAGGUGGAUGCUCAGUUACAGGUUGUGCGGAAGCUGGAGGAAAAGGAACACCUGCUACAAAGCACUAUAGGCACUGGAGAGAAGGAGCUAGGCCUCCGAACCCAGGCGCUGGAGAUGAACAAACGCAAGGCAAUGGAUGCAGCCCAGCUUGCAGAUGAUCUCAAAGCACAAUUAGAGCUGGCUCAGAAAAAACUACAUGACUUUCAGGAUGAGAUUGUGGAGAACAGUGUGACUAAAGAGAAGGAUAUGUUCAACUUCAAACGGGCUCAGGAGGACAUCUCCAGGUUGCGUAGGAAGUUGGAGACCACAAAGAAACCCGAUAUGGUGCCCAACUGUGAUGAGAUCUUGAUGGAGGAGAUCAAGGAUUACAAGGCGCGUCUGACCUGUCCGUGCUGCAACAUGCGUAAGAAGGAUGCUGUGCUCACCAAGUGUUUUCACGUCUUCUGCUUUGAGUGUGUGAAGACGCGCUACGACACCCGGCAGCGCAAGUGCCCCAAGUGUAAUGCUGCCUUUGGUGCCAACGACUUCCAUCGGAUCUACAUCGGCUGAGUCUCGCCACGGAGAGACAGAGGCACCUCUUCUGCCGACCUCCCAGCCCCUUUCUCUGCUUGUCUGUCUGUCACCAGCACGACAGUCACUGCUUCUCCACCAACCCACGUUCUCUUCCAGAACAAGUGACCCUGGGUUAGGGAGUGGGAGAGGAAGGUUUUGGAUCUCUGCUCAUCUUCUCUUCCUUUCUGCCUUUCCCUUUAAUCUUGAUGGGACCGCCACCCCACAGUGGUCAUUCCCACUCACCCCCUCCACACUGCUGAGUCGGAGUUGCUGCUGUGGAGUAAUAAAGCCUAACUCAACUCUAACCCCAGGUGUGAUGGGAAUUGCCCAUGGCAGAUUAGAGAUGAGCCUGAGGCCUUGAAAUAGCCUUGGGUAUUAAAUGGAUGAUGUUAGGGUAAAUUUUUUUUUCUAUUAAGACCUUUUCCCCUGCUUACAGCAAACCCCUUGGAAGGUGGGAAAUGUGUCUCCUUCCUAGAAAUGUCCCUCUCUGUGUGUUUGUGUGCUGGUGAUUGGUUUUGUAGGGGUGCUUGUGAAGGCUGGGCAGCACACCUAGCUCUUUUAUUCUUGUAGGCUUGUUGAGCAGGAAUCGCCUACCAGUUCAAGGCCGUAAGGCAGGAGGGAACUUAAGCACAGGGGUGACUCCAGGCACCAGC